AUGGCUGGGAAACCGGGAAGCAGGACAGUGGUCUUUUUCCACCCAGACUUGGGUAUUGGCGGCGCAGAACGACUGGUCGUGGAUGCCGCGGUCGGCCUUCAGAAUCGAGGCCACCGGGUGGUCAUCUUCACCAGCCAUUGCGAUCCCCAACAUUGCUUCGAAGAGGCCCGUGAUGCUUUCUUAGGAACUCUUGAUGUCCGAGUCCGUGGCAACACCUUGGUUCCUCCGUCGAUCCUGUCGCGAUUCUUCAUCCUUUGCGCCAUCCUCCGACAACUACACCUCAUUCUACAGGUAUACUUCACCUCCGAACUUGCAGCCCUGCAGCCGACAUCCUUCUUCGUCGACCAGCUGUCUGCUGGAUUGCCGCUCCUUCGAUUCCUCUACCCAAAAGUCGGCAUCUUCUUCUACUGCCACUUCCCGGACCUGUUGCUGGUGCAAGGACGGGCUAAAUGGUGGAAAGGGGCCUACCGUGUCCCAUUUGAUGCGCUGGAGCGAUGGAGCAUGAGUUUUGCGGACACAAUCGCUGUGAACUCCAAGUUCACAAAGGGCGUGGUGAGCAAUACGUGGCCGAGCUUGGCGAGGCAGCAAGAAUUGCAGGUUGUCUAUCCAUGCAUUGAUACGAAGCCCAAGAAAGAUGACAACGCUCCUGCCGGCGACUUGGUCUGGAACGACAGCAAUAUCAUCCUUAGCAUAAAUCGCUUCGAGAGGAAGAAGGACGUUGCGCUGGCGAUCAGGGCGUUUGCGGGGCUACCGAAGGAGAAGAGAGUGGGCGUCAAGCUUGUCGUUGCCGGUGGCUACGACAAUAGAGUUGGCGAGAAUGUCCGCUAUCACAAAGAGCUCGUCUCCCUCGCCGAUGGUCUUGGGCUGAGCCAUGCCACGACCAAAACCAUAGUCACGGCGCUCAACGUGCCCGAGCAAGUCGAAGUCCUCUUCCUGCUCUCGGUUCCUGGCACCCUCAAGAACAUGCUGCUGCAGUCCGCUCGCCUGCUCGUCUAUACGCCGGCCAACGAGCAUUUUGGCAUUGUGCCUCUAGAGGCCAUGCUCUCCGGAGUUCCGGUACUCGCCUGCAACACGGGUGGUCCCACCGAGACAGUCGUGGAGGGCGUGACUGGCUGGCUCAGGUCUCCGGAGGAGGUUGGACAGUGGACCGACGUGAUGGACAUGGUGCUCAACAACAUGACGGCGAAGGAGAGGGCUAAGAUGGGCAAGGCAGGGCCAGAGAGGGUGAGGGCCAACUUUGGCGAUGUCCAGAUGGCCGAACGGAUCGACCUCCUUCUGGACAAGAUCGAGGAAGUGAGCGCAAAGAGGUCUUCUAUCAAGGGCGUGGUCACCUUGUGCAUGGUGGGCGUCUUGGUCGCGCUGGGAGGCUUGAUCAUGAGAAUGGUUGGGAAGUGGUAG